GUCGUCUAAAAAUAGGACAGCGAAUUCGGGCUAUUUAUUCGACGACAGCCAUAUUUCAGGAGAGUAAAAGGGAGAGGUCCAAGAAGUUUGCCGGGCCAAAAUACUUAUCUGAUAGAUAGAUAAUUUAACAUUUGAUUAAUUAUGCAGGCGAUCAAAUGUGUUGUUGUCGGUGACGGAGCCGUGGGUAAAACAUGUCUUCUCAUCAGCUAUACCACAAAUGCUUUUCCAGGGGAAUAUAUUCCAACUGUAUUUGACAACUACUCAGCAAAUGUGAUGGUUGAUGGGAAACCCAUAAAUCUAGGAUUAUGGGAUACAGCAGGACAGGAAGACUACGACAGGUUACGUCCCUUGAGCUACCCACAGACAGAUGUUUUUCUGAUGUGUUUCUCUUUGAUCAGUCCAGCUAGUUUUGAAAACAUCAGAGCUAAGUGGUACCCGGAGGUGAACCACCAUUGUCCAAAUGCCCCAACCAUCCUGGUGGGAACAAAGCUUGAUUUGAGGGAUGAUAAAGAUACCAUUGAGAAGCUGAAGGAGAAGAAAUUGUCCCCCAUUACUUAUCCCCAGGGGCUGGCACUGGCCAAGGAGCUUGGAUGUGUGAAAUAUCUAGAAUGCUCAGCUCUCACCCAAAAGGGUUUAAAAAUGGUUUUUGAUGAAGCAAUACGAGCCGUGCUUUGUCCAAAGCCAAAAGCAAAGGCAAAGAAAGGAUGCGAUGUGUUUCUCAUUUGUUUCUCCUUGAUUAGCCCUGCUAGCUUUGAAAAUGUUAGAGCCAAGUGGUAUCCGGAGGUCAGCCAUCACUGUCCCAACACACCUAUCAUUCUGGUGGGGACCAAGCUAGAUUUACGAGAGGACAGAGAAACAGUAGAGAAGCUAAAAGAAAAGAGGCUGGCACCCAUCACCUACCCACAAGGCCUUGCUAUGGCCAAGGAAAUCAACGCUGUCAAAUAUCUUGAGUGCUCAGCACUGACACAGAAGGGUCUUAAAAACGUUUUUGAUGAGGCCAUCCGAGCAGUUUUGUGCCCAAAAGCCAAACCGAAGAAGAAGAAGUGUAAAGUUUUAUAACAGGACAGAUUAAUGACAGACUUUUUAUCCUAGAGGACAUCAGUGGAAGGCUGCUACAGGAUUUCUCCAAUUUUUCUCGAGCUAUACAGAAUUAGGGAUUUGUCAGUCAAUGAGAAUAAGAAUGCAUAAUGUAGCAUGCUGUAUUUUAGGGUAGGGGGUGAUCUUGUCUUUGUAACUCUUUUUUUUUUUUUAUACCUGACCAAUGGGUAUUUAUUCUAUUGAGUUACCAUUACUAAUGAUGUAAUCCAUUUGUUGUUUCACUCUAUUCAAUUGGUUUUUUUAAUGUGUAUAUAUUAUUAAAAUCAUGGCAUUGAAUGUUUGUUACUGAAACCCUGGCAUUGAAGAUUAAAACACCCAACCUUAAAUGAUCACACACAAUUCUUUAUUUUGAUAGUCAGGAAGUUGAAUGCACACCACACAGUUUUUCAGUAAGGUAAUUGAUAGUCAGAUGUCUUCAUUUAUUACCUUCUGCCAAGAAAAAAAGUGUCUAUAGGUUUAUAUAUUUUGUGUUUUUUGUUAAAGAUGUAGCAUGUGAUGCAUUAAAAGUUGUUUAGGUGUCUUCAUUUAACCCCCAUACACAUUGGAAAUUAACUAGUAGAAAAGUAAGGGUGGGGUUAGCAUCUCAUUUUUCAAUCAGGGAAUUGUAGAUAAGUUGCUUCCAACAAUGUUUAAUAAAACAGUAAUUUUUAAAGAAUAUAAUGUGGCCUUUUUGUGAAACUAUUUUGUUGCUCAUAGUAAUUUAAAUAAUCUUACUAUGAAUAAUUUUAAUGUAAAUUUUUCAAUCCUGUUUAAAGCCAAAAAAAAAAAAAUACCUGUAGGUCUUGGAAUUAAAAUCUAAAAAUUAGGAACACAGAUUUUCUCAUCAUCAUCAUCGUAAGAAGUAAAUUGUACACAAUGUACACACUGUAAGAAAAUGCCUUACUGAUCCUCUUAUAAUGCAGCUAUGCACAUUCUGUAUAGAAGAAUUGAUUGUAUGUGUACAUAUAUAUAUAUAUGUGUGUGUAUAUAUAAAUAUGUAUGUAUUUUCUAAUUUGUACUAGGUCUUCUUUUUUUUUUUUUUUUUACUAUUGAAUUAAGUUGUUAUAGAGUAUAAAAAUAUAUAAAUCUUAAUAUAAAUUUUAUUCAAAUAUUUUUUUUUUUAUAUUUGUAUAUAAUUGGUAUUUGUUGAUGAGAGUGCUUUAUUGUGUAUUGGUUUCCAUAGCGAUUCAGUUUGUAUUCAAUGUGUCAGAACAAAUAUUAUUGGAGAACAACAUUUUCAUGUAGCUUUAAGGUGUCACUAAUAUUGUCAGUCUCAACUGAUCUUAAUUGUUAAGUUCAACUGCAGUCUUGUAAUUUUAAAUCCAUGUCAACUGACUUGCAUUACCAGAUUGAGCUGAUCUGUAGUUGAUUUCAACUGAGUUGAUUAUCAGUUGGAAUAUUUUUAGUUUUAUUUCAGUACUAGUUGUAAGAAGCUUGAUUGAAUUUAUUUUCUGGGCAUUGUAUACAAAAGGAUUUUUUUCUGUGUCAAAAAUAAGUGAUAUUGUGUAUAAAUAAGGCUUCCAAUCCUAUUGAGUGAGGCAUAUUUUGUUAUUCACUGUUUAAUUAGAUAUUUUUUUCUAGCACACUUUCAACAAAUAAAAUCCUUGUAUUAUAUUCAAAAUUUGUUAACAUUUUGUAUCUGAAUACAGAUUAAUUUUGGUGUGAUUUUAGUGAACAAAGCUGUGGCAAGUCUUCAGAAGAUCACAUUUUCCUUGCUGUUUAAUGUAAACAUGUACUAAAUGUUAUAUAAUACAUCAGAUCCAAUAAUAAAUAGGUAAAAUCUGAA